AGGAAACGAUUGCUAGUGAAAAGUCUUGGCAGUAAAAUCGUUUUGAAUAUUACAACAGAAGGCAUCAAAGACAAGUUCAAGGAUCAUCAACAUGGACGACUUGAUCAACGAAGUUCGUGCAGAGGGUGGGAAGGCGUCGUCGACAGUUCUCUCGGACCCUAUACCUUCGAACCUGGUGUCUUGGGUUGACGGAAGUUCUUAUGAAUACACAACAGAUUCCAACGGGAACGGAGCAACAGGAACCACAGAUGAAGUGGUUUCUAGCGCAAGCGGGCGCCGCGCUUUUUUCGAUCAUUUUGGCUUUUUGCAUCUAAAGGGCUUUUGUACGGAAGCAGAAUGCGACGCAAUGCUCGCGCGCAUGGGUCAACUCGUGGAUAGUUGGGAUCCCAGUGAAGGGCAGACUUUUCGGACUGACGCUAAACAAGAGGAGGCGCAAGGGUGAGAGUAAUUAAGUAUUUCGUGUUGCAUUCGAUUUCGAUUUGACUUUGAAACAGUAUUCGUAUUGUUUUUUACAUAUUUAUCAAAGAGAACUGGUGCAGAAAACUUUUCAGGCAAAGUCAAAGAGAAGCUGGUGCAGAAAACUUUGUUGCUGCUCUUGUUCUUGUUGUACUGCGCCGUGACAUCAAGAACUAUAGGGUUAAUAGUACAUUUCAUCUAUUUUACACAUUUAUGAACAAGCAAGGUACCUAGUGGUUGAUAGAAAAGAACAGUCAAUGCUAGUAGCAGAAGCAUUUGCUCGCCUGAUCCUGUUUGCGGUUGAUGCUUUUAGUGCUAGCGCUAUGUCCAAGUAACCCUGAGUAGCCUGAUGAUGUUCGUGUUGUUAGGUGACUAUGCUGCCCUGACCACGCUCCCAAGGUCCUCGGAUUAUUUCUUGGAUAGUGCCAAUCGUACGCACUUUUUCACGGAACCGGACGCGCGCGACGCGGAUACUGGUGCGUUGAUUGUCGAAAAGGCCUGCUCCUUGAACAAAGUUGGGCAUGGAAUCCACGUUACGGAUGAUAUUUUCCGUGACUACUGCUUCAGCGCGCGCAUGACGGAUCUCGUGCGGUCGUUGGGCUGGCAGCGGCCUGUGGUGCCGCAGAGCAUGUACAUCUUCAAGCAGCCACGAAUCGGUGGUCAGGUAACCGCGCACCAGGAUUCUACCUUUUUGUACACGGAACCGCGGCAGACGUGUCUUGGGUUGUGGCUUGCACUGGAGCCAGCGACGCUGCGAAAUGGCUGUUUGUGGGUGCGGCCUUUCUCGCAUCGUGAGCCUGUGCGUCGUCGGUUUCGUCGAAAUCCCAAGCAUUUUGUCCAUGGCGACAAAGCUGCUCCGCAGAUGAUAUUUGACGACGAGCAGGCAGACUGGAAGACUGCAGUGCCAUGGGAGGGCGGCCUACCUGGGGACUUCUUCAACGACAACGACGGUUGUGCUAAAGCGGAAAAGAAGGAUGCAACAAGUCAUCGGCCAUGUGAAGGACUGUUCGAACAGAGAUUCAUACCGGUAGAGUGCGGUAAGGGAGACCUCGUGGUUUUUCCAGGCACACUAGAUCACCUAAGCUUGGCGAAUCGAUCGGAGAAAUCGCGACACACCUUUCAGCUGCAUCUAGUAGAAGGUCCAGCGGCUGGAGUAACCUGGAGUGAUUCCAAUUGGCUACAGUAUCCAGCCGGUGAAAAGUUUCUAGAAUUACCAAACUGAUUCUUUUUUCUAGUUGCUGCUGUUGAAGAUGAUACUAAGUACUUUUUUUUUUUGAAGACCUAUCGUAUCAUAUUUCAGGACUUUCAUAAUGAUGAUACAUGCGAUCUCGCUGCUGAGGUCAAUCAAUUAUUGAUGUAGAUUCUAUACGCGCCAGAGAGCCGCCUCCCCCUGUGUGAAAGUGGGAUAAUAGCAAGAAGUAAUCCGAAUUUCGGGAGUAGCGACAGCGCUUGGUUAUGAAACAGACAACUGUGUCGCAAGGGUCGUAGGCUUCAGUCUGAGCGAAGCAUGCUUG